UUACUAACAAAACAAUUCAGUUUCAAAAACAAACCAACUGGCUCAAGUUGAGACUUAGUAAAGCGACAUAAUAAUUAGCUACUGCAUGUCUAAAACAUUAUUAGACUAUCACUAGAAUUAUAUACUUAAAACACUAGAAAGCUUCUGAUACACAGCCAUGACGAGGAGUGUGUGUGUGCUAGCUGCUCUCUGUCUACUGCUGAGUACUAGCCAUCAGGCUAAAGAGAAGGUCACCUGGCACGAUUGUGGCAAGCCGACGGAUCUUGGUAAGGUUCACAAUAUUACAGUGGAUCCGAACCCUCUACAUGUUGGUCCUGUCGUCGUCACUGGCAACUUCACAUUGUACGAUCAUGUCACUAGAGGUAGUAGAGUGGAGACAGUGAUCAACAUGGGACUGUACAGCUUUAAACAGGUGUACUCGUUCUGCGACAUGGCGGGACUGGUCAGUCUCUCCUGUCCUUUUAAGAAGGGACCACUCGAGAUAGUGUACAAAGCACCUGAUUCACAGACUGGUCCAAUCGGAAGCAUAUACAAGAUCGAUGCAGUGAUAAAGGACCAAAAUGGAAAGCAGCUGUUCUGCUUGAACAUGACUAUACCACUAUGAGCAAACAACACUCCUGAUAUUUGAUAUACAUGAUUGUAUGUACAGUAGCCCUCAUAUAAAAGUUCCCGUUCCGUACCGUUCAAUUUGCGUACAACGGUUCGCGUAGAAACGGAAUGAAAACGGAAGCCAGCUCAUUAAAAUUUAAUACGGUACGGAAAUAACCGUUUUAAUUCUGAAAUAACGUUCGCACGUGUAGCUGCAUGAUUUGCUCCGUAGCUAGCUGGCUAGUGUUCCAAGAAAUCAAGCUGGUGAACUGUUCUACUAAACAAAGAAUCCUCAUCCUUCACAAACAGCUACGGAGCAAGUACAGAAUCCCUAAGAAGCAAGGUCAAGGCGAGCUAGAUCUAGUUAGAAUAAUUACUGACAUUCAGUUUGAACAUUUAUAUUUAUAUUUAUAGCACUGUACAUGAAUUUGUUAUUCUUCAUUUGACAUGAUGUUUUAAUGAUACAGGACAUUGUAUACGAUAAUGUAUAAUUUAUAAUGAAGUGUUCAACAAAAGUAAUAGUACAAUCAGAUCAUAAUAUAAUGUAGCUGUAUCUAAGAUUCCAGACUGAGAGAUCCGGUUGACUUGCUACUACCAACUUUCUCAUCUUCUUCCAGCCUUGCAUGUAAGUUCUGCAGUAUUCCCAGUGCUAUUUGUAUGCCCCUGGAUUACACUAGAGAAGUUAGUACAUUUGUAGCUUGCUUAGUACACACAGAAUAAAUAAAAAUUAUUAUUGCUAACUCAGCAAAUACCACCCGUUUUUUCUCCUAGAACGGUGUAGGUAAUUACGGUGCGUUUAUGAAUAAUACGCUACCGUUUAGUUAGCGUUUUCUGACUCCGUAAAAACGGGAACGUUACGUGCAACUGAAACGCAACGGGAACUUUUAUAUGAGGGCUACUGUACAUGUAAAAAUGAACACUUACGA